AGCUGGAAGCAGAGCAGCACAGAGAUUGACAAGGAUGGCUCCAGGCGGCAUCUACACAAAGUGUGAAGAACCUGACACAGAUGUGGUCAAAGACAACAUGUUUGACAAGAGAACAGGUGGUUUCCUGUUGCAGCAGAGCAGAUGUUGUUCACAAGGAACAUCUAUAUCAGUCCUUUAUAUUGCAAAUGCUGUGUUGUUUCUGCUGUGGAUUAUAACCAUCAUCAUUAUAUCUGGAAAAUACUCCAGGAUGACCAAGGAACUAGAACGGCUGCAUAGCGAACAAACUCUGCUGAGUGGAAAUGACACCUAUAUGGUAAAGCAACUAGAGGUACUUCAUUCUAAUCAAUCCACCUAUGCAACAGAGUUGAAUAACAGCCUGCAGAGAUUAGAACAUAAUCAGAAUAAACUAAAACAGGAUGUGACAAAAUUGCAGAACGAUUUAACUACAGAGAAAAAAAAGAUUUGGGAUGAGACGUUUAAACUACAGAAUGCUCUUCAAAAACUAAAUGCCUCAGCCUGCAAGAUGUGUCCAGAGGGCUGGCUACUGAACAAAGGAAAAUGCUACUAUUUUCAUGAACAGGAGAUACACUGGUCUUUAGCUAAGAAUUUCUGUGAGAAUCAAGGUAGCCACUUGGUUGUCAUCAAUGAUGCAGAUGAGCAGAUGUUUCUCCAGUCAAAGAAAAAACGCUAUUUAUAUUGGAUUGGUCUCCACGAUAUGAAAAAUGAAAAUACCUUUGUCUGGGUGGAUGACAGCCCUCUAUCAUAUACCCACUGGUUUGCAGGGGAGCCAAAUGAUUAUGGCCAUGGUGAGGACUGUGUCACGAUGACAGAAAGAGGCUGGUGGAAUGAUUAUGCAUGUGGACGCGAAGUGACAGGCACUAUUUGUGAAAAGCCAUGGAAUUGCCAGUAGUGACCAGCAGGAGCAGAAUCCAAAAUUCAGGGGCUUGCUCUUCCUGACUCCAUCAUUCUUCUAAGACCUUUGCUUAAAGAUCUUCUAGCAGUACAAACUCUGACACCUUAUGGGCAGUAGCUACAGCAAAUAAUUUCUACAUAUGAGACCAUAGUAUUCACAUUUAAUUUGGUGUACACUUGUAGUGCACCAUAUCUGAUUUUCAAAAUUUACAAAUAAAGAGUUAUUUGACCUCUAAGACUGAAAUCCCAACAGAGAAACAGUAAGCAGACCUACUCAAAAGUAAGUCCCAUUUAUUCAAAUAAUUCAAAAUGCUGAUGGUUGAAAAAGGCAAGUAAUCUUUUUUCAGAAAUAUAUAGCAUUUUGCUCAAAUAGAACGUGAGCCAAGGAAUAACAACAUUCAAUUUAUAUACUGCACUUUAGGACUUAUAUACUGCAACUUAACACCCACUCAGAGUGGUUUACAAAGUAUGCUCACAACAAUCACCCUGUAAGGUGGGUAGAGCUGAGAGAGGUUUGAAAGAGCUGUGACUGACCCAAGGUCACCCAGCUGGCUUCCAGCAGAGGAGCAG